AAUGCUUGCAUGAAUGCAGGUAGCUGAAAGGGAAGGGAAGUUCCUAGUGGAGUUAUUCAACAAGAUGGGAAAACAAAAUGGAGGGAAGGCUUUCUCUGCUAAGAGCAUCCCUCUUGGAGACCCUUUUGUGUACACUCAUCUUGGCAGCAUGGCAUCAGUAGGAGGCUAUAAAGCCCUCGUUGACCUGCGCCAGUCAAAGUCUUCAAAGGGGGUCUCACUGGCUGGUUUUGUCAGCUGGCUAAUAUGGCGUUCUGCUUACUUGACACGUGUACUAAGCUGGAGGAACAGGUUUUACGUGGCAGUCAACUGGGCAACCACAUUGGUCUUCGGCAGAGACAAUAGCAAGAUCUAAUUUGGAACUUCAAACUUCAAACUUGACACCCCAUUCUACCUUUAAAGCACAAUCACUCGAGAAUUUCUUUCCCUCU